AUGGCUACUCCUAAUAAGUAUCGCAAGCAUGAUAAAUCUUCUGGUUGUAGAGUAUGAAACAUAAUUAAUGCACAAAAUAUAUAAAUUUGGGUAAAAUGUAUCGCCCAAAAGCCAAUGUGCUGGAAAAUCUGCACAUUAACGCAACGGCGAUAUGCUACUGCACUUGAUAAUACUAGUGAUGUUUUCAUAAAUAAUAUAAAAAUAAAAGCCAAUAUACACAUUACACAGUUAUACGAAUAGAACCUAAUUGAUGACAGCUUUGCCUUGCAAUUGUAAUGGGAUUGACCAUGUAAUUGCUUCCGGAGAAAUACACAAAACUCUGUGCGCUAGACCACUCCUUUUUGGGCCGUGCAGAUUCUCAUGCUUGGGAAUUCUGUAUUCAUCCUUCAGCAACAAGUCCGUCUGCUAAUUUCUACUAGUUCCUUUGAAGCAUCACGUCUUAGUCCAUCAUCUUCCUUUCCCCCUGCUGUGGCCGUUGCAUAUAAAUAGACCAAUACCAGUGCUCACUUGCCAAACUAGUUAGAACUGAAACUCAGUACGAAAAUCCCAAUACGAAAAUUCCAGAGCGAGAAAAUUAAAAAGGUAAGAAUUUUAUUGAUAAGAAGCAGAGCAAUUGAUCAACGUUGUAACUUUAUAUAUUUACGAUCAGAGUUAAUGAGCUUUUUUAUUUUUUACUUAAGAAAUAGAAAGUGAGUCGCUACACAAAAUCACAAAGUGUAUCUAUUGAUGCUUUUAAGUUUAUUAAAUCUAGUAUUUAUAUAUUAUGUUGUAAUUAUGCCUCAGCUUUAGCUGAUCGAAUUUUUUAUUCAUAUACGGUAUAUUUUAUUUUAUAGACCCAUUAUGAAGAAUAUCAUUGCGAUUAUCUUUCUCCUGGUCAUUUCUGUGAACAGCCAAACAAGUCAAGGUAAUUUCGAAAUACAUCAUGUAGAAUUUGAGUUUGGCAUAUAAAAUACGUUACAGCUAUAGAAGAGCCUGAAGAAGUCUUGAAAAAGUAUCAUUUAAAAAUUAAACUUUAUUUGAAACACAACCUGCGAUCAGGCGGUCGAAGAAAAUGAAGGUCUGAUACAAAUGUUGUUAAAUGUUCGUUCAUCUCGUACACCCGAUCUCGGUUAUACUGCAACUCUGAAUUGGUCAUACCUAACAUUCUCACCAGUGCAUCGUUUUGAUGAGUUAAUACUAAUUAGACAAUGAUAUAAUUAUUUGGUACUUGUAACUAUGUAAUUAGAUUUCCAUUGUUUUUAUAUGAAUUGAGCAAGGGACGAUUCCCUUACUCAAUUGUUAUGAAAUUUCUAUAAUGCAUUAAUGCCGCUGUGCUAUAGCAGUGCGAAAACCCAAAGAAACCAAAGGUAAAGAGAGAUAGUAAAAAAUAGAGAUAGUAAAAAAUAGAGAUAGUAAAAAAUAGUUGACCCUGAUCUUUAAUUAAUUUAGAGAAAAUAAUAUGGAGUUAAUUUAAACAAUUAAUAGAGCGGACGUAGAAACUUGGUAAUUAUUUUGUAAAUAUUUUGAAUUUCAAAAAAAAGAUAAGUUAAUUAGUUUGUUGUUUAACAUAAGACAGGCAUGACGUACGAGAGGUAUUGUUGAAAAAGACGGAAACCAUUAUGUAACAUUGCACCUAAAGAACUUAUGGCAAAAAUAUUAUAGUGUAAUAAGAAUAUUUAUAAACUGAGUGAUUUGAUAUACAAGAUUACGUUUUUUCUUAAACCUUCUCUGUAUACUCAUCAUAUUUGGCAAACGAAUUAACUUGCGCGGAUAGCAUUUGUAAAUUCUGAAUGCUGAUUGGCUAAGAGCCGUACGUGUUGACAUAAUUCAAUGCGGUCCACACAGAAAAUUUCUUUCUUUAUAUUUCUUUGUGCUAUAUCAUAAAAAAAUUUUAAAAGUUUUUCCGUAUUUAUAUACAGUUAUAUGAACACAAGUGGAAAUUGGGAAAACUAGAAAUUGUGUGAAAACACUUGCAUACCCUCCGCGCGUCGCGUUUCCACACAAUUUGGAGUUUACCACUUUACCCACUUGUUCAUUUAACGUAUAGCAACACGGAAAAUUUAUUAUAUUUGUUAAGUAAAAAUUAAGAUACGAAAAAUGUUUUAAAACUGAUAUCUUUUUCGAAAUUUAUUUUGCUCGUCUAGUCUAAUUGUGAGAAUAUUUUUAUUCUUUAGUAACAUGUCCAUGUGGUGGAAAGUUGGACUUAUUCCUUGUCGUUGAUGACUCAUCCAGCAUUGGACAUAUGAGCCUAUACAAAAAGUUCGAGAAUUUUUAAGCCAAUUGGUAUCAUCCUUGAACAUCAGCCGCGAUAUGACACACAUUGGUUUCAUGCAAUUUAGUGAUAGGAAGAAUACUGGUAUAAGGUUCAAUCUUGAUAAUAAUUACGAUGCUACAACAAUCAGCAAAAAAUUUGAAAACAUGCCUUGGCACGCUGGCCGGAGGACCUUAACACACCUCGCAUUGGAUAUUGUCGCUCAAAAGGUGAGGAUCUAUGUAUAACGAUGUACCCAUUCCAAUGGUGUAAUCCAUUCGAUGUGCACUUCUUGGCGGCACAUUGUUUUGUCUCCAAUGGACUUUUCCGGUAAUUACGUCACAACUACACUGUUUUCAACUUAGGACCACCUUAGAUUUUAGAUUUUCCCUUUCCUAAUUUGGUUAAAAUACACGUCUAUCAUGUGAUGUACAGUAACGUUAACCUUAAAUACCAGGUUUUCACGAAAAAAGGUGGUGACCGUCCCGACGUUCCAGAUCUGCUGAUCGUGUUGACAGAUGGUAAAUCCAAUUACCCUGACAAAACAAGAAAAAACGCCCAGAAGCUGAAAAACAAGGGAGUUCGCAUCAUCGCCAUUGGCGCAGUACAUGAUCUGCAAAACGAUGAAAAGAAUCGAGAAAUAUUGCAAGAGCUGCAAGAUAUUGCAUCUAGCCCUAAAGAUGUGAAAAUGAUCGAUUUUGCCAACCUUGUAACUGUUGUGAGCGAGAUCGUGUGUAAAGUUUGUCCCCGUAAGUAAAUCUUUUAGUCUGAUUUCUAAUGUUGCAUUAAUUAGCAAGUUAGUUUACACUGAUGCAUAAGCUGAUAAUCUCUUUUAAAACUAGUAAUGGAUAAUCAAUCACGAAGAAUUGUGGUAUAAUCUGCAGGGAUAUAACAUAUUCGAAGUGCAAGAUUAUAUAUAAUAAUUAUAGAGGUUCGGACUUGACUUCCACAACCGCUAGCACUACCUUGUCACUGGUUUAGUACGCAUCUCAUUGGCUAUUUGGAAAUGUCAAACGCAUCUGAUUAGUUAAUGGUCCGGCCCUUACACCCGUUUUCAAAAUUACGCGACCAAGGACGAAAAUGCUAGAGUUGACAUGUCAGUUUUAUGUCAUUCGGUCACGAAGUUCAAACUUCGAGUUUUGCUGUCCCUGGCCAUGUAUAUGCUUUGUAUGCUUUAUAUAAACAGGCUUACGAUGAUUUUCAAGAUAUUUUAGUGAGAAUUAUUGCAAAAUUUAAGCACGACAAAAUCAUAACAUCACCGUUAUAGUCUUUGAAAGUCAUUCACGGCACAUAUUUCUGUUGUGAUGGCUUGUAUUGUGCUUUAAUUUGUAUAUCUAAGUUAUCUAACUCAUUUUGUUCAGUUUUGGUAUUAAAUAUACGGUUUAAAUUAAAUGUCUGUUGACAGUCUGUGGAUUAUUACAAAUUGAUUAAAUAAUGCAACAAGGCCCGAUAGUUCUGUGUGUCAACUUUAAAUUUUUAUUUUUAUUUAGCUUGCAAUUGUCCCAGCAAUACCGUAAAAAAGAGCGCUCAAGUUAAACCAGGUGAAACGAAAGCCUUUGUUAGUUGGUCGGAACCUAAACCCAGUUGCCUGACCAAUUCCAGUGAAAAUAUGCGAAGUACCAGUCGAUGGUUUUCUGUUGGUGAGCACACGCUUACGUACAAGUACACCCCUAAAACCGGGAAGCAACAGUUAGAAUGCCAUGUGAAUAUCAUUGUGACAGGUAUGUGAAGUGUACAGCGACUUGAAUGUCAUUCUCUGAGUCUUUCAGUAAAAUCUGAGUAUCGGCCGAGAUAUACAAAGGUCCGCGAUUCUUUUGACACAGAAUAAAUACUAAUGUCUGACUUUGGUGUUGGUGUAACCGCUGUGCUAUAUUUCGCCAAACACUCGCCACAUUUCUAGCCCCAUUGAAAACGUCGAUCCAUGGGUGGGUGGGUGAUGAAGCCCGGUGGGGUGGCUAGAGCACGUGCAUUGAUUGGAAACAUAACGAAUGUUUGUGAUUAAGAGUUGGCGGGAUGGCGAUCUCGGGUUUUUGGCAAAGUCGAUCGUCUGCAUCGUGUAACUCUGUGGCAUUGAUGUUAGCGUAAUUGUCUGCCAUGCUCCUAGUAAAUGCGCUAAGGAAACGCCAUCAUGCCCGCCGAAUGGGGCUACAUGCAUAGCGACGUGUUACCGUGGUUUAGCCAAACUGCCCCUCCGUGUAUAGGGUAUAUCAUACACCGGUUCUAUUGCCAUUGAUGUCUCAUCACUGUCUUUGCCUUCAUUUUAGGGGAGUUUUGUGGUGAAAGGGUUUAUGAACCGACCAGUCAAAUUUGCUGCUGUGGUCAAGUUCACAAAAGGAAAACUAUCAACCAUAAGUGCUGCGGAAAGCGAUACAUCAAUCGUAGUAAGAAGAUCUGUUGUCAAGGCCAGAAACUUGUGGAUCGUCCAGGAUCUUGUCCUAAUUAG